AUGCCGGCCAUAGUCAACCUCCUUUUCAACGUGGUGUCCACCAACACCACCAUCUCCUUCACCGUGGUGCUGCCCACGGUCAGCCUGGUGUCUCUGCUGGUGGGGGUCGGGGGUCACCUCCUGCUGUGGCUGGUGCUGGUGAGGAACCCCCGCAGCCGCUCCAAGCCGAGCACCGUGCUGCUCCUCAACCUCAGCCUGGCGGACCUCGGCGCCCUGCUCACGCUGCCGUGCGUCCUCCUGAGCGCCAGCUUCCGUGACUGGCAGCUGGGCGGCGGGACCUGCGUCCUCCUGGGGUUCAUGACCUCCGUGACGGUGGGCGGGGAAAUCUUCAGCCUGGCGGCGCUGUCGGUGCUGCGGUAUCGGAUCGUCGCGCCCCACGCCAGACCGCCCGCCAGCCUGACCCAAGUGUCGUGCACCGUCGUGGCCAUUUGGCUGGUCUCGGUAACCAUGGCGCUGCCCAAGGUCACCUACAUCGACUUUGAAGGCGGCUGCACGUGGGCGGUGAGCCGCGGCGAGUGGCUGUCCUUCCUGGUUCCCGCUUUCCUGGUUUAUUACGUGGCCCCUCUCCUCUGUAUCGCCGUCAACUGCGGCCUCAUCAUCUCCCACCUCCGCGGCUGCCGGGGGACUCGGGCCGCCGACCGGCGCAACAAGAAGGCCACCGCCCUGCUCAUCGGCUCCACGCUGGUGUUCGCCGUUAGCUGGCUGCCGUAUUACGCGCUGGAGUUCGUCAACGUCAUGUCGCCGUACGUCAGCUCGGCGGCUUCGCCCGUCGGUCCGCCGUCGGAGUCCCAACAUCUCCCGGGCGAGCCGGACGUGACGAGGGUGUCCCUGCUGUGGGAGGUGGCGUCCCUGGUGGCCAUUUUGCUGGUGUGCCUGGCUCCGUGCUGGAACCCGCCGCUCUACUUCCUGCUGUCGCGUCCGGCCGUGCGUCAGCUGCGCGCUCUGCUGCCGUCGUUCUUUCGGAAGCACUUGGGGGAAACCCCGGUGCAGCGCUGGCGUAUCGCUCCGGCUCCUCAGCCUCCCGCGCGCUCACUUCCUCACCAAACUCCGACACACCGGCCGACUCAGUAG